AUGGUCGUCGUGCCGGAAGCCCGGCUCUUGCGGAGCUUGUCCCCCGGCGCCUAUCAGGCCUGCUCGCCCAAGGCCCUUCCUCCGUCCCUUUCCGAGCUGCUGUGCUUGCCUUCCCGCCUCACCUGGACGCCCAGGGGCCUGGAGCCGGAUGGAUCCCUCACCAGGACGCGCAGGUCCAGCUGGGCCUCUCCAGACCUUGCCUCUCCAGACUCGGAGCGCCGACAACAUCCGCCUGGGCACAGACUGUGGCCUGUGGUUGAGACCUGGCUCUGCCGGGCGUGCGUUCAGGCCCUGCUGCUGCGAGACCCCGGGAUCCUUCGGGGCCCCAGGCAGCCUCACAUCCCCGGGAGCCCCCAGGAAUCUGCGGAGGCCACAGCCCAUUGGCCGUCCUGCUUCCGCGCUGACCCCACCGGGCGUCUUACCCCAGUGGCCAUCUGA